GUUAUAGUGAGAACUAAAUUUAUAAGUCAAACGACAAAUUAAACCGGUCAACUCCUUUAAAAACUUCUUUUGUACCAAGUACAACCAAAACCUGGGUAUACAAUUGUUACGAUACAGAUCUGUCAAGAAUUCUCUCAACUCUCUGCUAUCAGGUUAAGUCAUGAGAAGGUACAGUCCACCACGUUAUAGCUCUCCUCCAAGGAGGGGAUAUGUAGCCCGGCCAAGAAGUCCUCCAAGAAGAGGUUAUGGUGGGGAGCGUGGAAGGCAUCAGGAGCAGAACAAUGGCAGCCUCUUAGUACGCAAUAUACCUCGGGAUUGCAGGCCAGAGGAACUUCGAGUUCCAUUUGAAAGAUAUGGAGUAGUUAGAGAUGUAUAUCUUCCCAAAGACUACUAUACAGGGGAGCCUCGUGGGUUUGCAUUUGUGCAGUUUGUGGAUCCCUAUGAAGCAGCAGAGGCUCAAUAUCGUAUGAACGGACAAUUAUUUGCUGGGAGGGAAAUAUCUGUUGUUGUUGCUGCUGAGAGUCGAAAAAGGCCUGAUGAUAUGCGCAGAAGAACUAGGACUAGUAGAGGACCCUCGGGUUAUGAAGGGCAGAGAUCUUCCUAUUAUGGUCGUUCCCGGUCCCGCUCACGUUCGCGCUCCCCUCGUUAUCCUACUGGGUCUAGAAGUCGACAUCGCUCAAGGUCCUAUUCUCCUGCCCCAAGACGGCGAAGUGACUACUCCCUUUCUUCUGAAAGAAGGAAAGAUCCUAGAUCACCCAGGGAUCUUCCACCAGAAGGAGAUGGUCGUCAUGCCCGGAGGUCAUAUUCUCCCAUCAGCAGAAAUGAUGCAGCAGAUCGAAAUGACAAGGAAUAUGCUGAGAGACCUGCAUACGAGUCUGAUGGAGCAGGAGCACAUUGGAAGUCUUCUCCUGGACGUGCUAUAAGAUCACCUUCUGGAUCUAGAUCUCGGUCUGCUGAUAUAUCACCUAAGCGAAGUAGAUAAGCGGAAUACAUGUGAAGUUGGGAAAUUUACAUCCUACUUGACCGUGUUAGUACUUGUACUUUCUAGUAGCUCGAAACUUGUGUAUUAUGUGAAUCUGGGAAAAUGUGGUCAUGUUAUCAAGUUUAAAUUUGUAUCUUAAGUGUUAAA